AUGUCGUGGCCGUACCAUUUUAUUUCUCUCUCCGAAAGCGACAAGCUGCAUCGCAGGGAGCUGCUUGAUCUUCGAGGCUAUUACGCACAAUGGUCAGUUAUUAUUGUCAUCGUCGCCAUUCGGAUUUUUCGCUUUGCUACAAGAUCAACCGUUAAGCGGGAUGGCCCGGUUUCUGGAAACCCCCGACGGUAUCUUGUCUGCGGGCUGUGGCUAUUAUGGCUUUUAGGCCUUUCGAUAUGGAACAGUGGUGAUGGUAUGUCUUCAUCUCCCGGUAGCUUUGAGGAACCAGCUAACAUGCUAGACUACCUCCAUUUGACCAAAGCUUUGGGCCAGGUUGGCCUGUCCCAACUGCCACUGCAGGUUCUGAUGUCUCCGGCAAACAUCUCUCAACCGGCAGCCUCAUCUGUGCUGUCUGUUCUUACCGGUAUCCCUCAGCGAGCGUUGACACCGUACCACCGUCUCUUUGGUCGGGUGGUUGUCUCUCUCCUGCUGGCUCAUGCCGCGCUGUAUACACUGUUCUUCGUGCAAUCCAGUCAUCCUGAAUUUGGUAUAUUGCUCUUCAAGCGAGUCCAAGAUUUGGAUGUUCAAUGUGGGAUGGCCGCGAUAUUCUCGGCCGUGCUGCUCGUUCUCUUCGUGCGGCCUGCUUCCCAGAAGGGACUCCAGAGUUGGCUUGUUCAGGGCACCAUUCAAGAACGCAGGAAGAUUUUUUACUUUGGUCAUGUGUCUUUGGUGGUAUUGUUGUGCGUCGCGGCCUACUCUCAUGUUAAGCAGGCACAGAAGUACAUGCUGCAGACUUUAGCAGCUUCUGUGCUCAAUUGGGUAUGCUCUUGGUUGCUGCGUUAG